AUAACUCAUAUAUUUAUAUAUAAUUUACAAACAAAAUUUGAAAUUAAGGAAAAGGCUAUAAUUAUAUAAAAUUUGUUAAACAAGCAAGGGAGAAUUUAUUUAUUUAUUCUUAUUUAAUUUUAAUAAUCUUUGUUGACCUUUUUUAUUUCUUUUUUUAUUUUUUUGUUUCUUUUUAUAUAUAUAUAUAUCUGGGUUUUUCUAUUUAGACUAAUGACGAAGUCCAUGCAGUUACCCACACAAGUGCCACAACAACAAAAAAACAUACCCAACAACACCAGCGCCAUAGAGAAUAAUAUGAAUAACAACACGAAUACAGCAACUUCUGCAUCCAAAAAGAAAAAAAAGCAUAAAAAGAAAUCCAAAAACUCAAAAAAUAUUCCUGAUCUUAACAUUACAAAGACACAGGUGGACAUGGUAGACGCCAUGAUGAAUCAUCAUGUUAUUCGUCACGGUGAUCAUCUAGACGGUCAUCGUAAGUCAGUGACUUCUUCUUCUUCUUUAAAUAAUAAAAAGAAAGCUAAAGAAGAAGACAGUUUUUGGUCAAGUUCUAAUAAUACAGAAGAGCGUCAAAAGAUUCGAGAAUUUUGGUUGCAAUUAGGUGAAGAAGAAAGACGCUCCCUUGUUAAAGUCGAAAAAGAAGCUGUAUUACGUAAGAUGAAAGAACAACAAAAACAUAGUUGUAAUUGCUCUGUCUGUGGUAAAAAGAGAACUGCCAUUGAAGAUGAAUUAGAAGUUUUAUAUGAUGCUUAUUAUGAAGAACUUGAACAGUAUGCUAAUCAUCAACAACAAACACGGGGUAGUAUUAAUCCUUUACACGCAAGCUAUCUUCCUUCAGAUCCAAUGUAUGACCACGAUACGGAUCCUUUAGAAGAUGAAGAUGAAGAAGAUGAAGCGGAUGAGGAGGAUAUUGACGAGGAAGAUAUAGAGGAAGAAGAAGUUGAGGACAUUGAAGAUAAUGAUGAAGAGGAAGAGGAUGACGAAGAGGACGAUGAAGAUGACGAAGAGUAUUCUGAUGAUGAACAAAUCAUUACUAGACCUGCCAUGACUAAUUACGCACAAAGAAGUCGGUUUGAAGAAAUGGCUCAUAUUCGUCAUAACACUCUAUCAAGAGCAUCAAAUCAUGGUGAUCACUUCAGUUUUGGAAAUAGUUUAACAGUAAAAGGUGGUAUUUUGACAGUUGCUGAUGAUUUAUUAAAAAAUGACGGUAAAAAGUUUUUGGAUAUGAUGGAGCGACUUGCUGAACGUAGAAUGCAAAAGGAGGAUAGUGCAUCAGACCAAAGUAAUAACUAUUUCCAGGAAGAUGAAGAGGAAGAGGAAGUGUUUGAAGAAGACGAUGAUGAGGAUACACGAACUGAAGAACAACGUAUGGAAGAAGGUCGUCGUAUGUUUCAAAUCUUUGCUGCCCGUAUGUUUGAACAACGUGUACUUGCUGCUUAUCGAGAAAAAGUGGCACAAGAGCGUCAGCAGCGUCUUUUAGAAGAAUUAGAAGAAGAAGAUCGUCUUCGUGAAGAAAGAGAGGCUAAAAAACAGAAAGAAAGGGAAAAAAAGAAAAAACAAAAAAGACAGCAAAAAAUGCAACAAGAGGCUGAACGUCUUGCACUUGAAGCUAAAAAGAAAGCAGAGGAAGAAGCUGCUAAACGCGAGAAAGAAAAAAAAUUAGAAUUGGAAAGACAAAAGCGUGAACAAGAAAGAUUAAAGAAAGAAGAAGAGAAGCGACAGAGAGAAGAAGAACGAUUAAAGAAAGAAGAGGAGAAGAAGCGUAGGUUAAAAGAAGAGAAAGAAAAAGAAAGAAAGCGCAAAGAGAAAGAGGAAAAAGAACGUGCUGAAAGAGAAAGGUUAGCUCAAAAAGCAAAAGCUGAAAGGGAAGAGAAAGCGCGUUUAGAAAGAGAAAGAAUAGCAAAGGCUAAGGCUGAAGCAGAAGAAAAGGAGCGUCAAGAAAAAGCAGCAGCAGCAGCAGCAGCAGCAGCGGCAGCAGCGGCGGCGGCCAAAGCCAAAUCUGAAAAGGAAGAAAAGGAACGUCAGGAGAAAAUGGCUAAGGCUAAAGCUGAAAAAGAAGAAAAAGAACGUAUUGAAAAAGAAAAAAUGGUCAAGAUGAAAGCUGAAAAAGAAAGAAAGGAGCGAGAAGCAGCUGCUAUGUUGAAGUCAUCUGCAAAGCCUGUUGGUGUUACCAUUAAGAACCCCACUUCACCAAUUGCGCCUGUAUCAUCUGCCAAUACAGCCCAUUUAAAUGUUGUUAUGAAUAAUAAUAACGUCAAUCAUUUACCACCACGUCCUCCUCCAGGUAUCUCUAAUACAUUAAUACCUACUGAUGAUCAUCAACAGUCUGAGAGUCGACAGCAGGUGUUAAUUGAAGCACUUGUAGGUUCUUCAACACGUCCAAAUUUUGUUGGGCCUACAGCUAAUGCAGCAUCACCUAUUUGCCCUCCUCAUCUUCAACAUCCUCCAUUUAUGCCUUCACCUCUUGAUAUCUUACAGGGACCUAAUGCAUCCUCACUACUUCCUAAUACCUCCUUACUUGAUCACCCAUCGCCUACUAGUCUAACUGAUAGCUCUAUUAUGGGUAUUUUUAAUAAUAAUAGAGUAGCUCCCUCACUUGACUUUAAUGGUUCUUCAUUACGUCGAUCCAUUACACCCAUUACACCCAUUGGACAACCUGUGACAGGCCGACGUGUAUCUACUAUAUCUAGCACUACAAGUAAUAACCCAUUAUCAUCAUUACAACAAGACAUAUCCACUGAUCCUAUCUUUGCAGCCUCACAUGCCGUGAAAAGAGCCUCUGUGACGAAAAUAUCCCCUUUUGAUGGAGCAGAGCCACGUUCAUUCUUUUCAAGUUUUUUAUUUGGUGAACCAAGAAACAAUACUAAUAAUAAUAAUACUAAUAAUA